AUGGAAGAAUCACCCAAACAACCCAAACCUUCGACAGGUGUCGUUGACGAGGUGGCCUUGUCUGGUUCUGGGACGGAGGAGAUAACCAUGAAUGACGACUUCUUCCUCGAACAAAUGGGCUACAAUCCCCAGAUGAAACGCGAAUUCUCCCCGUUUCAGCUGAUCUGCAGCGCCUUCACGGUGACCAACUCAUGGCUUGGUGUCGCAUCUGGGUUCACCUCGGGAAUCAGCGCUGCCGGACCUGCCAGCAUCACCUAUGGGCUGAUUCUGAUGUUUAUUCUCAACAUCUUUGUAGCCAUUUCGCUCAGCGAGCUGAUCAGUGCCAUGCCCACCUCUGGCGGGCAGUAUUAUUGGGCACUGACGCUCGCUCCCAAGAAGGUGUCUCGUGUAGCAGCAUACAUAACGGGAGUAUGUAAUCUAUUUGCUGCCUACUGUAUCACAGCUAGCUCCACCAUUGCUGUCAGCCAGUUCGUCUUUGGGUGUAUCAAGCUUGCGUGCCCAUCAGUUGACAUAAGCGAAUGGCGCAUCUACUUGUUGGCUGUUGCCAUGAAUCUCAUCGGAGCCAUCCUCAAUCUCUGGACAAAGGCCGUUGCAACCAGUGUCAUCGUCGGCCUUUGGGUUAGCCUCCUCACUUGCAUUGCCCUGACCAUUGUCAUUCCCGUCCGGUCACACGCUCAUACGGACGCUACAUUCAUCUUCGCGACCCUCGAAAACUCGAGUGGAUGGGCAUCAGACGGAAUCGCCUUUGUCGUCGGUCUGAUCAAUGCCAACUUUCCUUUUGCUUUCCUUGAUAGUGCAGCACACUUGGCCGAAGAAACCCCCAACCCAGCCCGCAACGUUCCUAGAGCCAUUAUAUGCACAGUCUGUAUUGGCUUUUGUACCGCCUUUCCAUUCGCUUGCGUAAUCUUGUACAGCAUGACCGAGUACGAUCGCGUUUUGAACACUCCAACCAGGAUUCCUCUAAUUGAGCUCCUCAAUGUGUCGUUCCAGAGCCAAAACGCAGCCAUCACUGCCGUCUCCUUUAUCACACUUGCCUAUAUCUUCUCUCUCUUUCCCCAACAGGCAUACCAGAGCCGAAUGUGCUGGGCUUUUGCUCGGGACAAUGGCAUGCCAUUCUCAAGGAUCUGGUCCCAAGUCCAUCCCAAGACCAACGUGCCAUUGAACGCUCAUAUCCUUUCUGUCUGCAUUGUGAUCGUUUUGACCCUGAUCUACAUUGCUUCCAGCACGGCUUUCGCCAGCCUCAUUACUGGUGUUAUUGUCUUUCCAUAUUUGACUUAUUUGAUCCCCAUUGCCAGUUCCAUAUGGAGGGGCAAAAAUCAACCCAAGGGUCCCUUCCAUCUCGGAGUCCUUGGAGUCAUCGCCAAGAUCAUUACCUUGGUUUUCUGCCUCUUUACUAUCAUUAUGUAUUCAUUCCCAUUCAUAAUGCCAGCUACUGCAACAAAUAUGAACUAUAUUUCAGUUCUCUAUGUAAUUGCUUUUGUGUAUGGGGUUUUGGACUGGGUUUUCAGAGCUCGGCAUAGCUUUAGGCACAGUGGUAACCCAGUUGUUACCCGGGAGCACGAACAGUGA